GUGGAGUCCCUCUCCACAGGCGAGCCGAAGGUCAAUUACCGGGAGACCGUGACCGCCAAGACGCCGUUCGACUACCUUCACAAGAGGCAGUCUGGUGGCCGCGGCCAGUACGGGAAGGUGAUCGGCUAUUUCGAGCCAGUCCCCGAAGAGGAUCGCCAUGAAGCAAAGGACGGCAUCGUCUUUGUGAACAAGCUGGUGGGCAACGACAUCCCUCCGUCCUACGUUCCUUCCAUCGAGAAGGGCUUCCGAAAUGCCACUCAGAAGGGCCUGCUGAUCGGCAGUCCGCUGAUCUACAUGCGCUGC